ACGCGAAACACCAGUCAUUCAACGCAUUCACUGCUCAUUCAAUACCUGGUGUUCAAUGUCUACACAGACUAUCAAAUUAAACAUUCAUUUGUCAUACAUUUUACUAAAUUGAGUGCAGUUUGACGCCUAAAUCGCAGUAUUAUUGAAGUGUUGAAAGUAUUAUAAUUUGCGUUACAUUUGCGAGCAAUGAGUGCCUACACGACGACAUACACUCCGCCAUCCUUUCAGACACCCGUCACCACACGACCCAUGAUCCCACACUUCGGCACAAUACCGUCCGGUGCCGUCACUCCCGGCUCUCUCAUCAUAAUUAAGGGCAGAGUUCCUAAUGGGAGCCGAAGGUUUGAGUUCAAUCUG